UUCACUACUCUCCAACAUCCUCUCUCUCAUUCUGGCUUUUCUACCGCUCCUUGCCAUAACCCUAUCACAUGGGCAACACCUCCACACACACACACACACACACACAAAAAACCCUUUAGCUAACACAUGUGUUUGAACGUUUUUCCCCCAGACAGUUGCCCGCCAAACGUCUGGGGUAGGAAGGAAAAGUUUUUGACAGCUUCUUUUUUUAAAUGACAGCCUGCCGCAUCUUGGACUCUUGGUGGUGAAGCUUUUUUUUUUUUUUUUUUUUUUGUCCCUCUUAGCCCCCCAUCUUAAACCCACUAUACAUCUCUGUGAACUGCUUUGACCUGUAUCCUCCAUCCUGUCCCCUGUGUGAAGUGUCUGGUCGUGCUGCAUUAAUAACGCAGUUUGACCGGAGCGCUUUCUCCCCCUCCCCGGCUUCACCCCCACCGAGCCCGGGCAUCAUGAGAACCUGGAGGCGGCGGAAGAACUUUGCCUUUCUGAUCUUCGCUCUCCGCGUCUGGUGCCUGUCCACGGCAACAAAAAAUGCGGACAGCAUGGUUCACAGUAUACAGGAGGGAAGUAGUUCAGACAAGCCUAAACAGCGAGGGGAAGCAACCAAAACAGAGCGCUAUGGGACCACCGUACCGCUGCUGCUGAAGGGCAAGGAGCGCAGACCCCUCUGCCAGCUCCCAGCCGGGAGACAUCCUGCGUCACUCCAGCUGCUGGUACAAGCGGAAGGUGAACAGCUGAUUCUGUUGCUGGAGAAAAAUGAGGGUCUUUUUGCAAGCCAUUACACUGAGACACAUUACCGGGAGGAUGGAAGUGCAGUCACCGGUGCUCACAACUUCACGAAUAACUGCUACUACCAUGGGGAAGUUCAAGAGCAUCCAAACUCUGAUGUCACCCUCAGCACCUGCUCAGGCCUUCGAGGCUUCAUCGCGCUUAAAAACAAGACAUUCAUCAUUGAGCCGGUGUCUGGCCAUGGCAACUGUACCCACUCCAUCUACCGAGUGGAAGAACUCAAACUGACACCAGGAGACUGUGGCCACGGCUUCAACAUGUCCUCUGUUGCCCCUGAAAACCACAUCAAAAACCCCUUCCAAUCCUUCCACACGAGGCAUAAAAGAAAUGCUCAGAAGACAACUAAGUAUGUAGAGCUGAUCAUUGUUGCGGACAACAGAGAGUUUCAGAAACAGGGGAGGGACGUGGAGAAGGUGAAACAGAGACUGGCAGAGAUAGCCAAUUAUGUGGACAAGUUCUACAGGGCCCUGGACAUCCGGGUGGCCCUGGUGGGUCUUGAGGUGUGGAGUGACUCUGAUAAAUGUCCCAUCACCCAGGAUCCCUUCACCACCCUGCACGAGUUCCUAGACUGGAGGAAAGUCAAACUGCUGCCCCAGAAACCUCACGACAAUGCUCAGCUCAUCAGCGGGGUUUACUUCCAGGGUACCACCAUUGGCAUGGCACCCAUUAUGAGCAUGUGCACAGUUGAGCAGUCUGGAGGCAUUGUCAUGGAUCACUCUGAGAACCCACUGGGUGCAGCUGUGACUUUGGCACACGAGCUGGGACACAAUUUUGGCAUGAACCACGACACCCCAGAGCGCGGCUGUGGCUGCAGGAUGACUGUUGAUCGUGGAGGCUGCAUCAUGACCCCCUCCACAGGGUAUCCAUUCCCAACAGUUUUCAGCACAUGCAGUAAGAAGGACCUUGCUGCCAGUCUGGAGAAAGGCGUUGGCAUGUGUUUGUACAACAUGCCCGAAGUCAAGGUGCUCUAUGGUGGCCAGAAGUGCGGCAAUGGUUACGUGGAAGAGGGAGAAGAGUGUGACUGCGGUGAGCCAGAGGAAUGUAUGAACCCAUGCUGCAACGCCACCACAUGCACCCUUAAGGGAGAUGCUGUGUGUGCCCACGGACAGUGCUGUGAAGACUGCAGGCUGAAACCAGCUGGCACCCUGUGUCGAGAGUCCAGCAACUCCUGUGACCUGCCAGAGUUCUGUACUGGUGCCAACCCUCACUGCCCAGCCAACGUUUAUCUGCAUGAUGGGCACGCCUGCCACAUCGUCGAAGGCUACUGCUACAACGGCAUCUGCCAGACUCAUGAGCAACAAUGCAUCACCCUGUGGGGACCAGGAGCCAAGCCUGCCCCUGGGAUAUGCUUUGAGCGAGUCAACUCUGCAGGGGAUCCUUAUGGGAAUUGUGGGAAAGACUCCAAAGGCUCCUUUGCCAAAUGUGAUGCACGGGAUGCAAAGUGUGGUAAAAUUCAGUGCCAGGGAGGAGCCAACCGGCCUGUGAUCGGAACAAAUGCUGUUUCCAUUGAAACCAAUAUCCCGCUACAAGAAGGAGGGCGUAUUCUGUGUCGAGGAACACAUGUUUACCUGGGUGAUGACAUGCCUGAUCCUGGACUGGUUCUGGCUGGUACAAAGUGCGGAGAUGGCAUGGUGUGCCUGAAUCGGCAGUGCCAGAAUGUCAGUGUCUUUGGUGUGCAUGAGUGCUCUGGGAAGUGCAAUGGACGUGGGGUGUGCAACAACAAGAAGAACUGCCACUGUGAAGCACACUGGGCGCCUCCGUUCUGUGAGAAUACAGGCUUCGGUGGGAGUAUUGACAGCGGGCCAAUGAGACUGGCAGAUGUGCGUGUGUGUGCAUUAAUGUGCGUGUUGUCAUAUAUGGCAUCAGCCGACAGUGUGGUCAUUACAGUGGCAAUCCUGGUCACCCUGGUCAGCCUUCUGGUAACCAUCGUGAUCAUCUUUCUGAAGAGGAAGACUCUUCUACGCCUACUCUUCACCAAUAGGAAGAGCACCUUGGAGAAACUCAGAUCUGUGGAGGCCAACAGACCAACCAGCCCCAUCAGGACUCAGUCCCAUUACAGGCCCACACCACAGCGCAAGCCUCCACCCACACCCUCUGGCGUCAACAUUUAUAAGUCGUCUCUCCUGAGUGCGGAGCCACUUCUCCCUCCACACAACUUCCACUCUCACAGCCUGCGCAGACUGCCCCUCUACCAGCCCCUGCACAUCAGCCAGCCCAUGCCGGUAUCUCUGAGCGUGGGUCAGCCCACCCUGCCGCCUCUCCCGGCCCACCACAGGGUCCUGCCCGUCCACACGUCCCUCUCGCCACCUCGAGCGCCACCUUUUCUCAGUCUGCCUCGCCAACAGUCAUCGUACAGGGUGGACCAGGACUUUGAGAAACCCAGGCCACCCCAGAAACCCCUGCCUGCAGACCCACUAGGGAGGAGCUCUCGGCUCGGUCACAGCGCCACAGCAGCGGGGUUCCACAUCCUUGGAAAUGGACCCCUCCCCAUACCUAUCCCCACUGUGCCCAAGCCUCCACCCACCAUCCCUUUACCCAGCAGACCUGUGCCGAUGUUGCCCUAUAGACCACCAAAGAAGGACUGCUGAGCUCUUGACGUCAUGGAGUGGAUCCUCCCACCAACAGAGGGAGAUUUUCUUGAUUUGCACUAAUUACUGAGACUCUGUAAGACCUUUUGGACACUAGUAUCACAGAGUUUCUAGUGAAAGGGGGCAGACAUCACACCUCGGUGCUACGCCUCUAAAAGGUGCUUUUUUGUCUUCGCUCAGGUACCAAUGAACUAUUUAUCUAUUUAACUAUUUAACUUCAAUAUUAGCGGUCUCUGAACGGAGCACUCUGAUCAAGAGUGACUUUUCCCUGUGGAAAAGCUUAGAAAAAGAAGGAAACAUUUCUUUAGAGUAUUUCUUUUGCAUUCUUUGGUGAUUUUUAUACUUUUUUCUCAAAUGAAAUGCUGAAAUAUAUAAUGUUUUUAUAACUAGGGAAGUCGCUUGAAUAAUUGAAGCGCAAAAAAGUUUGUUUUUGGGACUAAAAUGAAGAUAAGGGAAAUGGAGCACAACUCAGCAAGUUGUCAGUGUAGCUUGUGGGCCAUAGAGCAGUGUUAUUUAUUCUGUUUUUCAUAUUUUUAUGAGGUAUUGAAUACCAAAUACAUCUUUUCUAUUCAUGUCGCCACGGUGCUACAAAGUAGAUAUUAAUCAAAUGUUUUUUCAAUUAAAUACAUGCAUUCAUAUUAAAGCCUCGGACUACACCACUUUUCAUGGGAUUAAUCCGAUCUGCUCAUUUUACAGUCUCGCAGUCAGGCUCCUUUAUUCCCUUAUAAGUAUAAGUUCACUACUCAGUCAAGUACAAAAGUACUUUUCACACGUUUCAGACUGGCUCUGACACACUGCUCGGGGCAUGUGUUGGACGCCCAACACGUUUUCCUGAUAACUGGCAGACGCUGCGGAGUCUCAACAGAUUCGACAGACUGAUUGUGUUCCAGAGAAUUACACCAACACCAAAUAAUUCAACAUUAACUCUGGUGUUUGUAUGUUUAACAUUUACGCUCACUUUGUCUCCGAGUGCGCAAGCCAAGAAGAAUGACUUCAGCGCUGGGAGCUUUCCAAUCUCCUCCUCGACUGUGUCCAACGAGAUGUUUUACCGUAUCUGUCCCUUCUUUCUGUUUUUUUUGCCUUCAUAACAUUCCUUUUGGAUUUUGUACGGUUGUGUUAUUCCUGAACUCUGAGAUUAUUCAUGCAUUCACAUCAUCAUUCAUUAGAUUCAGAGCUUGGCGUUGCACUCUGAGUUAGGCAAUUUCCUUGAUGUUAUUUGUUGUUGACUUGCUGUUACACAAGAAGGGAUUCAAACUUUACAGCGCAGUUACUUUUUCUGUGUCAAUGUUCACUUUGGCAUUUUUAUAUUUGCGGUGUACCCAAAUACAGUGCUUGUUUUCACACCAAUGCAGACCGAUUGAAGCCAGUAAAGCCCUGCAUACCUGCGUUGCAUUCGUGUACAGACGUGUGCAAAGUAACGCUUUUUCUUGAGAUGUAUUCGACAGUCAGAGUAACUGCUCUCCGCUGGAAAAUGUUUGUCAGUGCUGUGUCGAUGUUUAUACCAUUUGUAAAUCCUAAAUGUAACGUGUUUAUUUGCAUAACUGUAACAUGUUUAAAAGCCAUUGUAAAGUGUAAAUAUUGUAUGUCAGUUAUUAUCAUUUCUCUUAUUUGUUUUUGUUCUUUUUUUUUUACAAGCACAGUAAGUACUGCUUCGACGCCGUGCCCCGUUUACACUGGGUGGUGAAAACAUAGAACUUGUAGGCCACAGACAAAUGAGGGAUUUUAUUGAUGAAAUCAGAACCAAAUAAAAGUACCUUUAUGACUGUUUACAA